AUGGAGACAGACGAUUUAGAUUACUUGGACGAUUUCAACAAUGGAAAACAGAUGGCUCAGGGCAAGGACUCGAUCGAAAAGGCCUUCAGAGACACAAAGGUACCCCCAUGGACGAAGCAAAUAACUGUGAGGUCUAUGGUCACAGGCUUUAUUCUGAGCAUCGUCUUCAACUUCAUCGUGUGCAAGCUCAAUCUCACUACUGGCAUAAUACCAUCUCUCAACGUCGCGGCGGGGCUGCUGGGAUUCGCAAUGCUGAAAGCAUACACUGCCUUCCUUCAAAAGUUUGGCCUGUUGAAGCAACCUUUCACUCGUCAAGAAAACACAGUGGUUCAGACAUGCGUUGUGGCCUCGUCUGGGAUAGCCUUCAGCAGUGGAAUGGGGAGUUAUUUGCUAGGGAUGAGCCCUCUCGUAGCUGCUCAGGCAGAUGCAGGCAACACCUUAAUCAACAUUAAGAAGCUUGCGAUUCCGUGGAUGAUGGGAUUUCUCUUCUUAGUCAGCUUCGUUGGGCUGUUUUCGAUAAUAGGCUUGAGAAAGAAGAUGAUCCUCGAUAAGAAACUAACCUACCCAAGCGGAACAGCAACGGCGCACCUCAUCAACAGCUUCCACACCCCUAAAGGAGCUAAGAUGGCAGCGAAACAGGUAUCUGCUCUCUUCAUGAGCGGCGGCGGCAGCUUUAUCUGGUCUCUUUUCCAGUGGUUUUUCAAUGCUUCGGAUGACUGUGGGUUUGCUAGCUUUCCAACUUUUGGUCUCAAGGCGUACAAGCAAAAGUUUUACUUCGACUUCUCUAUGACAUAUGUUGGUUGUGGAAUGAUCACCUCUUACUUGGUGAACUUAUCCAUGCUCUUUGGAGCUGUGAUAUCAUGGGCAUUCCUGUGGCCAUGGAUUGAAACAAAGAAAGGUAUCUGGUAUGGAGCUGAUCUUGAUCAAAAAAGUCUUCAUGGAAUCCAAGGUUACAGGAUCUUUAUCUCCAUAGGGAUGAUACUUGGCGAUGGUCUAUACCAUGUUCUGUACCAUGCUGGUUAUAUGGCUUUCAUUCUCAUUCAACGUCUCUCUGGACUGCCCUUGUCAACAGAAACUGAGCCUGAGCUGAGUACAAACUACGACGAGAAACGGAGGACUGAGUUUUUCUUAAAAGACCCAAUUCCAACAUGGUUUGCUGCCACUGGUUAUAUAGGUUUUGCAGCCAUAUCAACUAUUGGUCUCCCACACAUAUUCGACCAAAUAAAGUGGUAUUAUGUUGUAUUAGCUUACAUCAUCGCUCCGAUUCUGGCCUUCUGCAAUGCCUAUGGCAGUGGCCUCACAGAUUGGUCCCUUGCUUCCAACUAUGGCAAACUCUCAAUCUUAAUCUUCAGUAAUGCAAAUGGCCUUGAGAAAGGUGGUGUCAUUUCUGGGCUCGCUUCUUGUGGUGUAAUGAUGAGCAUUGUCUCGACGGCCUCGGACCUCAUGCAAGACUUCAAGACUGGAUACCUUACUCUGUCGUCUCCUCGAUCCAUGUUCAUCAGCCAACUUCUCGGAACAGCCAUGGGGUGUGUCAUCUCGCCUUUGAUAUUUUGGUUCUUCUACAGUGCUUACCAAGUUGGCGAUCCCAAUGGACCAUAUCCUGCACCCUACGGCCUAGUCUACCGUGGCAUUGCACUCCUCGGAGUUGAGGGCAUUAGCUCACUCCCCAAACACUGCUUUGCACUUGCAAUCUCCGCUUUCGCAUUUGCCUUUGCCAUUAACAUAGUAACUGAGCUGUUGAAGCGUUUCGAUAGCAAGUACAAGAUCUAUAGGUUUAUUCCAAACGCUAUGGCCAUGGCAAUCCCAUUCUAUCUCGGCCCCUACUUCGUGAUUGACAUGUGUUUGGGAAGCUUGAUCCUUUUUGUGUGGAAGUUACGCAACAAACAACAGGCUGAGGAUUUAGGACCGGCGGUUGCAUCAGGCUUGAUUUGUGGUGAGUCUAUGUGGGGUGUUCCGGCUGCGAUCCUAUCUCUUGCCAACGUCAAAGCCCCAAUAUGCAUGAAGUUCCUCUCUUACAAGGACAAUGCAAGAGUCGAUUCGUUCUUAUCUGCACCAGCACCUAACUAA